AGCGCUGGCUUUUCGGGAAACCCCUCCGAUAUCUAACCUGGAUCGAGUUGGAAUUUCCAGCUCUUUGGUAACGAAACUCUUCAUGACCGUUUUGCAAGCCUUCGACAACAUCUUUGUCCAGCGGCGCUCCGUGGUUAUGAUGCUCUGCGCGGCAUACAGCCUGCUGCAAGCUACACCCAAAGAUACUGGACUUCUUCCCGCGCUGAAUGGUGUGGAACUGCUGGAAGGAAGCGAGGAGCUCACACGUGAAAACGUGCUUGCGCACGUGCGCAGCUCCCAUGGACCGGCUUUACGCAGGGAGAUGGAGAUGCCAGAGGUGCCUUGAAAUGAAGAAGCUGGUGCCCCCUGUUGGAUGUGCGAAUCAAUUCCGCAGACCUGACUUGUCCGGGGAUCUGUUUGUAAUCCUGGUUUGGAGCUGGCUA